CAUCCCUUAUCCAUUUUUACGAGAGAGUAAUGGAAGCUGCCGGAAGGAUGUCGGAAUCUGAUGAAUCCUAUAAGCGGCCGGCGUUGUCUGAGGACGAGUACGAUCACAUGGCGGGUUACGAGAUAGAGGAAGAUAUGGUGGAGGAGGUGAUGAAGAGGUUGGAAGAGGAGAUAAACGGCCCAGGUUUCGUUCCUUAUUCCUCUUGUUCUUUUGUUACUAUAAAUGGAAACGAGGAAAGCUGUGGGCCCUCCUUUUCCGACUCGGCUUCAACGCAGAUGGCCAGCAUCGACAUGGGUGGGAUCAGCAUUUCGGAACUGGUGGGGCGUAGUGGUUUGUACGGCGGUAUGAAUGGGAUUCCGACGAUGGGAAGCGCGACGUGGGUUACGGAGGAGGAUGGUUCCUGGCAGGUGGGGAAGGUUCCCACCGUUACUGAUGACGUGGAAGAGAGCGAUGAUGAGUGGCUGUCACAUGUUCUUAGUGGGCCAGAUUUUGAGUUUGAGGAGGGUUUUGGGCUUUAGAAUGUUGGGGUGGAGUAGAUGCAUUGUUACGAGACAGGUUCUGUACAGGGAGGGGUAUUUUUUGUCUUCUUUCGUUACAUACGGGGGCAUUUUGGGAAUGAGGUAAAAAGUUGUAGAGACUCUUUUUGGAAUAUUUCUUUCCGUCUCUGUAUAGUCCAAGGGUUUAGGAAAUGAUAUAGGACUUCUUCA